UAUAGCGAACCCACCUGAAAAAACUGGCAUUGAUCUGUGUGCGCAAUAUCACUUCACGGAAAUACGCAUUCAAUUCCAUUCACUUUAUAAAUAUGUACUAACGAUAAGUAUACAUAUGUCACAGUAUAUGUGGGUACAUGUGUGAGUGCAUGCGCGAUCGUCAUUCUGAUGAGCUUUGAAGUUUUAGGUUUGGGAGCUAGUGGUGGCUGACAUUGUCCCUCUGGAAAGCCACCAUGGCUCUCAGUCAUUGUGGUGAAAUUUGGUGCCGAAAAUUUAUUAUGUUGCGCGUUUUGAAGAGAGCACUCUCAUUUUAUGCGGUGGCUCUCAUAUUUACAGCAUAUUUUGCCGCAGGUAUGCAUGCAGGAAACCAGCAACUGAACCAACAACCAAACCAGCAACCAAACCAACAACUGAACCAGCAACCUAAUGUCCCUCAACUGAACGCUGCUGGGCAACAGGCACCACCACCCCCGGCCGCCAAUCAAGUUGCAAUCUGUAAAUUCAAUUGCAUGGUAACGCAUGACUACCACGUAUUCUACGAAAAUGCUUGGCGCCCAGUUGCGAGUGGGUACCUCGCAUGGGUAAAUGGCCAGCCGAUUUGCAAAUGUAUUCUGUCUUCGUACUUUUUGGACUUCUGUGGACAACAAGACAUCAACCCCAGGUGCGGCGAAUAUUGGGUCGGGUGGCCUACAUGUUUUAAAGCAUGGGUGUGGUCAGCCACGAAAAACUGUAGGCAACUCGUUAAGACCAGAGGGGAAUUGGAUCAUCUGGUGACGAAGUCACUGUUGCCUGUACCUGGAACCAGACAAACUUUGGCUGAGAAUUAAUGAAGUUUCAUCACGCAAUAUUGAAAAGCCAAUCAUAUUAUAAUUUGGCUAGAUUUGCUAUAAAAACCUUUUAUAUGUGAUUAAGAAUAACUCAAAAGCUGGGCGUCUUUGGCUUUUCUUUGAAUGUAAGCGUAAGUGAAUAAAAAAUUAUUACGACUUCAAAGUUUUGUGAAACCAAUAAUAAUUUUUUUAAAUGGCGAUCUCAACCUAACUUGACUGUGGAUUUUUCACGUGUAGAAAAUUUAAAUUGACUAAUUUAAAUGCAGCAGUAAACGCUAACCUGUGCGAGUUGAUUUAAGGAACAUUUAAUAGACUCGAUGUAUUUUGCGUGAACUUUUCAUGAAGGGGAAAAUGUUGUACUUUCUUUAUUCUUAAUUUUUUCAUUUUGAGUCUAGCAAAUAAUCUCAAAAUUAUCUUUAAAGUUUAAACUCUAGUUGGUAAACCAGUUCCUCUAUUUCACACGCUUUCUCUGCUUUCACGUAGAAAACUAUUCCUUGAAAAAGUAGAUUUUAAUGCUAUGUUAUUUCAAGUCAGUGCGGAUUUUUCGUGAUCGAGUAUGCAUAUGUUUUAAAGAACCUUUAUUUUUCCAAUUUAUCUAACUAAAAUAAUUUCCAUUUUGGCUAAACAGGAACAGUACACAUGACUUUUAGGAAGCGUAUUAAAUUGAGUGAAAAAAUUGAUAAUCAUCUCAACAUUGUCAACUUCUAUAUAUCUUUUGUUAAGUGCGCCAUUAUUUCCUCCAAAUUUUGCUUCUAUUUAUUUCUAUUUAUUUUAAUUAUUUUUUAGGAAUCAUUUAUUGAGCAGUUUUCUUAUCCUUUAAAAAUUAGUGUCAUUUAAAUUUUAAGUUCUUGUUCAAAUGUGGAAUUAAAGGAGAAGAGAGGUAUUUCGUGCUGUUAUUGAGAUAGUGAACGUGUAUCCAACUUUCAAUGUUUCAGUAUUUAUUUCCUUUAAAAUAUAUUACACCAAUCAUU